CAUCUGAAUAAACAAAAUUUCUCCAACACUCGUUUUUUAUUCGGUUUGAUGUUUUAAUCAUAUUUACCUUUUCUAUAGAAAAGAGCGAUUUAUGGUUUUUAUUUUAGAAAAUAAAUCAAAACCUUAAGCCGCUUAGGUUGUACUUGUGCCAAUUUUGGGCAUAACAUUCAAUAGAAAAGCUACUCAAAUGAUUGAAUUUUUUAGACUAAUCCUUGCACCAAAAGAAAACAAAGUCAGAUUUUAAAGACUUGACCUGCGCACGCUGUUUCAAUUGAUACAAAAACAAAACAUCUAAAAUGUCAAAUAUUUUUAUGGUUAUGACUAAUAAAUUUUCGUUAUGUUAACUGGUUUACUCGAAGCGGGUAACAUAAUAGGUUCCUUAUUUUCUAUUUCCACAAACACUGAAAACGAUUCAUCUGACAACGAAACCCCUCAAAUAAACCCUGAAAAUUCUCCCGAAAAAUCAAAAAAUUCAAAGCCGCUGAGAUUAUUCCAAAAAUCAGCAUCGGUAGAAAAUAUUUCAACCGAUUCGGGAAUUUCAACGUUAUCUUCAAAUUCUAUAUUAAUUUCGAAAUAUAAUUUCCCAAGUUCUCAUUUGGUGGUUCAAUCUGAACCUUGUUUAGCUUAUUUGGACGCAGCAGGGUCGAUUACAACUCAGGGAAAUUUGUUUCCGAGUAAAUCAGAGCUAUUAGCUAGCUCCUUGGAUUUGUAUGCAGUCAGUUCUAGUCAGGAAUCUGGGAUGAGCUUCCCCAAUCGUACUACCACUUACGACGAAGCUAUCAACGACCUCAAACGGAAACUACAACAACAGGAGUACAACCUGACAACUUCAUCUUCCCAAUCGCUAAACCACAAUUACACUAGUGGUUCGCUGAGACAAUCAAGCUCAACUAUUAGUGAAAUAGGCGUAGAACCUUCUCAAAUAUCACCUGAAGCGCCUACAAAAUUCCCAUCCAUUGCAAACAAACUUGCAGCUGAAAUUAAUACAAAACAACCUGAAAAACCAUCGUUACCAAACGGGGAUAUACAGCAACCACCGUCGCAGCAAACUGUUACGUUUAAAAUUAGCCCGGUUAAAAUCAAAAACGAAAUCAAAGAGUCUGUUAAAAUGCCGAUUUUGUCAACCUUCCAAGACAACUUAAAUUCGAAUUCACGAGAAAACGACACCGAGGAUGAAACCGAAUCGGAAAGUCAAGACGAAUCAAGCCAAAUUUACCGAAAUGUAGUCAACGACGUUCGAAAAAGUGCCGGUAAUUCGCAAUCGGACGCUGAUGUUUUGAAACUGAUGCUGAAAGAACGUGACGAACUUCUGAAAGAUUACGCAAUAAAGUUGAACGAAUCCGAAAUGGAAUCUCGAUCUAGUGCUAAGAAAACAAGGGCUCUUGAGUUGGAAAAGCAAAGAAUGGAAAAACAAUUGAAAGAGUUCCAGAAAAUUUUGGACGAGGAAACCAAAAAACGAGAGAACUUAGAGGGCAAAUUGUCAGAUAUGCAGUACACGAUGAAAGACCUAGAAACCAAAGCUUCAAUUCACCUGAACUGCGACCCCGAAAAAGACUUCCUUCAAAGCAGUUUAAACGAAGUCACAGAAGAGAACGAAAAUCUACGCACAUCAUUGCAGUCGAAAUGCGAACUAAUCCAAACUUUGAACAACCAAUUUGACAACCGGGAAGAAAUGUUGGCAGAAACACACGAACAACUGAAGCACCGAACCGAAAAUCUACAAAGAGAACUGAUCGAAAGUCAGACAAAUGUGGACUUAAAAGAUGCCGAAUUGAACGAAAGUCGCAACGAAAUUAAAGAGUUGAAAAACGAGAUAUAUGAAUUGAUGGUGAAAGUUCAUGAGAAAGAAAAACUAAUGGGCGCUGUUAAUGAGGAGUAUUCGACAAUUCAAGAUGACAACAAUAUGCUAGAAGAAAAACUAGGCAAUUUGGAGGCCGAAAUUCAAAAUCGAGACAACGAAGUAACCCAACUGAAGCAAUCUCUCAAGGAAAAAAUUGACCAAAUCAAAGAGCAGGAAUUUACUAUUGGCAAACUUCAAGACUCAGAAGUUGAGAAGAAAGUGAGGCAGAAAAUGAGGGAGAGAUUUGACAGUGAACAGCGGGAGAUGCAGGAGUCGUUUAAGAAGAAGCUGAAGCGAGAGGUGGACGCGGCCAAGAAUGUGAUCACGAAGGACUUGAGACACAAACACUUGAAGGAUCUGGAGAACUUACGAGAUGAUCUGGAAAGUACACACAAGACAGAAUUAGACUUACUUCGCAAAGAGAUGGACGAGAAAUACACAAAUGAGAUGCACAGUAAACUGAAGGAAAAAGAGAGUGACUUCAAACGGACCAUGGAGACAUACCAGACUAUUAUACACAAACUGGAGUCGAAGGUGAACGAGUGCAACAAAGUUUCGACCAAUCAGAACGAGACAUUGCAAGAGGUCGAGGAGAUGCUCAACUCACUCAUUAAGUACACAGCAGGCACUUCACAGACAAUCUACCUAGACGUGACGGCCCUCAACACUUGCGAAAUAAAAGAGGCAUUCCAGAAACUGACAACGAAGAUAUUCGAACUCAUUGACGAGAUCGCCUAUCUGAACAGACAGUCGGAUCACGCACGGGAAGUGAGGCAGGAGUUGGAGGGAAAGCUGGAGAGCUAUCAGAGGGAUUUCGUGCCUGCAUAUAUGUAUAAGCAGAUAUACAAUGAAUACGUCAAGAGCAUGAAGAAACGUGAUAACAACUCUGACUCUCUUGCCAUUGGGCCUCCAAUAUCUUCCAACAAAGUGCAAGACGCCAACUUACUUGACGUCUUACGGGGCGAAAAUCUUCAACUACUUGAGGAAAAACUAACCAAUGAGCAGAGGAUGAACAAACUGGAGCUGGAGUUGACUUUGAUGAAAGAACACCAGACCAAAACUGAAGAUUAUGAAUCUAUUCAGAAUGAACUGAUGGAGAUGAAAGGCGACAAUAAGGCCAUGGGCGAAAUGAUAACAAGUUUGAAAGAAGAAAACCUAUUUCUGAUCGAACAGCUGGAAUUGCUUACCGACGAAAAAGCGAAACUUGAGGACAAUUUUCAAGCGCAGCAAAACGAAUUUAACAAAAACUUGGAAAAGAAAAGCAACGAGCUUCAAGAACAAAUGAACUCUUUGAUCGAUAAAAAUCAAGAUCUUUCUGAUAAACUAGCCGAUAGCGUCGACACUGAAACCGUUGUGCAAUUACAAGAAGCGACUAAGGAAUUGCUGAAACAAAACAGCGAACUUAACGUUGAAAAUGAAGUAUUACUCGAUGAAAUAAGCUCAGUAAAUGCUGAAAAAGAAAAUCUCGAAAACCAACUGGAGCUUGUCAGCCAGUCGAACAGUGAAAACGAAACGAUGUCCAUUUCUAGCCAUGCGUCAAGUUCCAAAACAGUGCCAAAACGAGUUCAAUUCAACUUGAAUCAAUCGUCACAGCAGUUGAGAAAAAGUCACAAAGCGAUUAAAGACAAGUCUGGAAACAGCCAAGAAGAGGCAAGAGAGAUAGUUUUGUAUCGACCUCCGGCUAGAGAUAUAAUUGAGAGACAGCUGGCUCAAGAAAACACGCAUUUAUUUGCAGUGAACACGAAAUUAUUCACUGAACGAGAAAAACUGAAAGAAGAAUUGUUUCAGAAAAACAUGGAGUUGAAUGACGAACGAACCGAAACUGAAAAAGAUAAGCAAGAGCUGAAGCAGAAAUUGAACAACCAACGACUUGCACUGCAGCGCCUAAGCUCCCGGGUCCGUAUCUACAGUUACCAAGCAUCCAGUCCGACUGAACUUGAGCUUAAAAUCAAGCGCGAAUUGAUGUCAUUGGAACACCAAAUAAGCGAUCUAUUACAAAACUACCAAAAAGAAUGCAAAAAGAGUGAGAGCGAGCCCAAAUAUGAUCGUUAUUUCGUUUAUGAAAUAUCCGAAACACAACCAGACAAUGAGUCCGAAAACUCUAGCACCGAAGAAGACUCGGAAAACGAAGAUAUUCCGACAUCUGAUAAAUCGAUUGUUCAGAUACGCCAGCGAAAUAGCAAGGAUGAUUUCAGUGAUCUUGACGCAAAGCUGCGAGAUACUCAAAAAUCUAUCGCAGAAAAAAGUAAAGAAAUAGAGGCUAUUCGUCGCUCCAAAUUUGAUCAGAAAGAAGUAUCCGCAGUCGAAAAAUAUCGAGACCGAGAAACAAAGCAUAUCAUUAUCCGGGAAAGGGCGUCAAAGGACAAAGAAAUACCCCCACAUAGAAAUGUCACCACGACAAUGCAAACACUGAAUGUAGUUACUGUAACAGAAGAGCAUUUUGCAACAAAUAGCAGCCCUAUGUAUUACUCACAGAGUCCAGGAAGCAAGCAUAGUCGAAGUAGCUGGCGGAUGGACUUAGUCGAUAGCCGCACAUAAAUAUGAAAUGUUCAUGCCAAUCAAAUAGUAAUAUUUAAAAUAUCCAGACAAUUGUAUAUCUAAA